UCGUGUGAUCUGAGCUGAAAAACUUUGGGUGGUGUCCAACUAAUCAUGCAUUUAAUUGCUUUGACUAUAUGCCUAAGUCUAGUGUUAAGCUGCACUGCAACAAUAAGCGGUCCUUAUCUGCUCUGGGGCCAUGAGAAGGUGAAUAAAUUGCAACCCGAGGCCCUAGUCGAAGCAAGCACAAAGGAACUGCCGCUGAUGCAACUCUUCAAGGAUGCCAAGGCAAUUGUGAUUUUUGUGCGCAACUCGACGAAUCGACUGGAGGGCACCAAGUACCCCAGAUUUCAGAAUCUGGUCAAGACCAAUGCUUGGUCCUAUUUGCCUCAACGUAAUCUUGCCGCUGAGCCAUUCAACUAUAAUGCCAACAUUGAGGUCAUAAAUCUAUCUGGACACAAUGAAGAAGAUGAUGCUGAGCUCUUGACUAGCUACAACGACGCUUUGAGUAUCUAUGGUAAUGGUGAAGUCUUGGGCAUUCUAGCCAGUCGCGAAGAGGACGCUCACUAUUUGGCCAAGCGGGACGCAAAGGGUGAAGAGGAGCUCAAGCCCACUGGAGCAACAACUGAGACCGAGGAGACUGAAGCUAGUUUCAUCUAUGUGGCCGAAGGCAAUAAGGCAGUACUCCAUGUGACAGGUCCUCCCGAACUGCGUCUAGGCAACGAAGUCAUACUCUUGGAGGAGCACACCAAGCAAACCACUUUCGAUGAUCAACAUGCCAAGGGCUAUGGACGUCUAAGCAUUUCAUUUAGGUACAACGGCGACAAGUGUAUGUUACGUUUCAAGUUCUCUCUGUCGCGUGGCACUUGGCAUUUGCGUAAUGUCGAAGUGGAGUACAAGGAGUACAAGGACGUCUUGGUGGCCCGUGGUGAUGAGUACACUUUGCCAUCGGCUCCAUUGGGUUUCUCGUAUCGCUGCUCAGCCAACAAUUUAACAUUCAUCAAUCCAAACAAAAACGAGACACUGCGUAGUCUGCAUCUAGUCGAUUAUCAAGUUCAACCCUGGCUCAAUGGGGGCAAGCAAUUCGGGGAUGUCUACGAUUGUGUUGGCUUCGUCACGGCUCCAAUUCUGGCUGGCCUAUUUGUGGUAACCCUUUUGAUUGGCAUCCUUGGCCUGGGAAUCACAGCAAUGUUAAGCAUGCAUACGCCAAAUCGUUUCGAGAGUUCUCGCAACAAACAAUUGACCUUCACCGUUCAGGAGUAGAAAGCCAUUGAUUUAAUAGUAAACUCAAUUGACAAUUGUUGCAAAAUGUUCACGUUGAUUACCUAUACACCAGUUAAUCCACUGGCUCUACUCACAUUGGCCAUUGAGUUCUUCCUCAUCCAUUUGCUCUUUGUGCUUGUUAUACUCUACGUCUAUGUACUUUGGUAUUACUAAAUACAAUGUUCUAUAUGCAUUUCAAUAAAGUUAGCAGUAAAUGCCAUUUAAAUACAAGAA